AUGCGUGAAUGCGAGAAUUGUUCGGUGGAUUUAGCACACAGCCUGGUGCCAGAGGCAGCUCUUCCGGAAUACCGGUUUCGAGGGAUGCGCCUGAAGAUGUCAGCGAUUCACGUUGGCUUCGACAAUGUCGGCGUGAAGUUGAAGUCUAAUGGACGUUGCAUAUUGGAAGGUGUCACCGGUGCCUUCCGUCCUCGAAAGAUGGCUGCGAUUAUGGGCCCGUCCGGUGCAGGGAAAACGACCUUCAUGAAUGCGAUUUGUGGCCGAGCAUACUACGGGAACGUGAGCGGCGAGAUCCGCAUUAACGGGCAUGUCAGCAGCAUAGCUGAGAUCAAGGAGCUGAGGGGCUUCGUUCCACAAGACGACAUCGUGCAUGAACAUCUAACGGUUCGUGAGCAGCUCUACUAUUCAGCAAGGCUCAGGAAUCGUGACAAGACGCCAGCCCGCGUGAUUGACUACAUUGUCGAAGACGUCCUAAACGUCAUGCACUUGACAGAUGUGCAGCACAGCAUAGUUGGCAAUGUGGAGGAGACGCGAGGCAUAAGUGGCGGCCAACGCAAACGGGUCAACAUUGGUUUAGAACUUGCAGCACGGCCGACGAUCUUGAUGUUGGACGAGCCGACGUCUGGUCUAGAUGCCACGACGGCCCUGGAUAUCAUGCGCUCACUGAAAACAUUGUCAGAGAUUGGCAUGACAGUGGUCAUGGUGGUGCACCAGCCGCGAUACUCCCUAUUUACCCUGUUCGAUGAGGUGCUCCUCCUGGGGUUGGGAGGGCAGACAGUCUAUCUCGGCAACAGCAGAGGCGUUCUGCCAUAUUUUACCAGCUUGAAUUUCAACAUGCCCGAGCAUGAGAACCCUGCCGAUUGGUUCAUGGAUGUGAUUUCAGGCAAGGUGAAGAACGAAACCAACCCGAACCUGAAGUCUGAUGGGCUUGCAGAAGUAUGGGCUCAGCGUUUCACCGAGAUUGUCGUUGAAUUUGGUGAAGAAUCUCAGGUUCGAAGAGCCGAACUGUUCACCUUUUCUAAAGCUCUAGCUGCCAAGUUAGCAGGCGCAGGCCUGGAUUCGGAUACCAUUACCGAAGAGGACUUCCUGAAACUCUUGGAAGUGAGCGGGGUGCAGGAACCAUCUUCCGAUGCCCUUCGGGAGUUGAAGGCUCGCAUCGGAUUCGAGGGAAACUCGAUCUCCCGGGAGCAGCUCUCUAGCUUCCUCUAUGGAUUGAACAAUGCCUUCUCCAGUGACGCCCUCAGCGAUAUUGCCAAUGUUCAGAAAGAAAUGGAAACUUCAGAGGCCUCUGCCAGCACGGUUGGGAGCGUCAAGAUCAGCCAGGAGAAGAUGUCCGGAAAGCGCGCACGCUUGUGUGCACAGUAUCCUGUCCUACUCCAUCAAAACAUCAUUCGGUGGAUGAGGCUCUGGAAACAUAAGGCAUUCAGUUUGGCACUGAUGUCGCUGGCUGCAGUUGUGUUUGGCAUCCAAUGCAAGGACAAGCUUAUACCGGAGAACGUCCUCUGCCCCAUCAAGAUCAACAUCUCGCACGUUGCUAUUGGGCUCCUCAUGGGCAUUGCUUGCCUCCCGAUCUUCGGAUCUGAUCGCAUGGUGUUUUGGCGGGAGAGUGCAAGUGGCAUCAGGGUGAGCGCAUUCUUCUUGUCCAGGGUGACAGUCUUCCUCUUCGAUGUGCUUGUCUGGACCUACGUUUUCACUGCAGUUUGGAAGGUAAGCUCCGAAGCUCCAUGUGGGUAUUGGCUUUGGCUGGUGGCCUUGCGUAUGACUGCAGUCAGCGCAGCAGGCAUUGGCGUUUUGAUUUCGACCCUGAUCCCCAAGUCCGGCUCGACAUUGGCAACAGCUGUGGUUUUGCUCAUUAUGGGAGGUGCCAUCAGUGAACCUCAAGUUGUUGCAGAAGCGAAAGGAAGCUUCAACGAAGUAUUAGCAUUCCUUUCCCCAUUCACGUGGACAUCUGGACAGAACUACUUGGCAGUUAUCGCAGAGUUCGGGGGCGAGGAUAACGUGAACAUCUUCGCCUUAGACAUGAUGGAUGGCUACCGCAAUGUCCUGCUGUCCAUAAACCUGGGCGGCCAGAAUUUGGAUUACCUUCCUGCAGCAUACAUUUCCUGCAGCAUUUUCGGUGUUCUCGGGUUGACUUUUGGGUAUCUUGGGCUGCGGUUUUCUCACCGUGGCAAGCAAGCCUAA